UCUUUCUGCACGUCGCUGGGCAAGAAGCCAUUGAGGUAUUUAACACGUUUGGUUUGUCAGCUGAAGAAGCCCAAGAUUACGAUGUCCUGGUACGGAGGUUCGAAGCCUACUGCCUUCCGAGAUGCAAUGAGACGUUCGAACGCUAUGUGUUCCGAACGAGGCGACAAGAGGAAGGAGAAGCUUUCGAACAUUUCUACCGCGAUAUUCAGCUGAAAGCAGCGACCUGUGGAUUUGGCGACCUAAAGGACUCCAUGCUACGAGACCAGAUCGUGUAUGGAACGUCAAGCAAGAAGAUUCGAGAGAAACUCCUGCGGAAAAAGGAUUUGACUUUAGAAAUAGCAGUUGAAUGCUGCAAGGCCGAAGAAACAGCCAAUGUCCACAACAAAACAUGGAAUGACGCGGCAGUUAAAGGGUCAAGUGAAGCAGCGGCCAAGGUGGAAAUCGUUAAGACAGUCAAGCAGCAGCAGAAAGACAAGUCGAGAUGUCGCUUCUGCAACCAAGCUCACGCGCCAAGGCAAUGUCCAGCCUACAGAAAGACAUGCUCAAAAUGCAGGAAGAAAAAUCAUUUUGCAGUAUGUUGCAAGACUAAGCAGUCUGGCGUACAUGACGUUGAAGAAACCAGUGAGGCAAGCAGCGAUUUUGAUGUGCUUGAGAUUUUGUCAACCAGCAGCGUGCAUUCGGUCGGCAACCGUGACUGGACCGUGAAUACUACGAUAGAAGGGAAGCAGGUAGAGCUUAAAGUGGACACCGGUGCACAGGCCAAUCUGCUCCCUCGAACAUUGUUUAUGAAGAUCAAACAAAAGCAGCGGCCUCAACACACGACUGCAACUCUGCAUAGCUACGGAGGUGGCAUCAUACAACAUCUGGGAAAAGUCCGCCUGUCGGUAUCUGUCGGCAGAAAACAAGGUUUCAUCGAUUUCUUUAUAGUAAAGAAGGGCAGGCAAGCCAUCAUGGGCCUGAAAGCAUGCGAGCACUUUGGCCUCGUCAACCGGGUCAACACUGUGGAGCACGAGAACCAGCAGCGCCAACAAGUAGAGCGCGAGUUCCCCGGUCUCUUUCGUGGUCUCGGUUGCACAAAGAGAGCCUACAAGAUGGUUCUUCGCGACAACUCCACACCGGUGAUCCAGCCAGCACGCCGGGUGGCGCACGCGCUACGUGCGCCUCUGAAGGCAGAGCUCGACCGAAUGGAGACAGCAGGUGUCAUCGCGAAGGCACCAGAACCGUCCGACUGGUUUGUCCCUGGAAAGAAGCUGGUGAUCGCGGACACACUCUCCCGAAUCUCCGGUGGUUCCCAAGCAGAAGACGACACGACCGACGUCGAAAUACAUGCAAAUGCAGUGUUUUCAACACUGGUAGGCAGCCGGACCCUGGGCAGCCUGCAGGCAGCCACAGCAGGCGAUCCCGUCCUGCAGGAGGCAAUUGCCAGUUUAGAAGCUGGAACUCCAGUUCGGGUGUCAAGCCCUGGGUAUCCCCGCUCCAAUGGCCUCGCGGAGAAAGGCGUCCAGGUGGUGAAGCGGCUACUCCGAAAAGCACAAUCAACAAAAGAGGACUUCUGGCUCGGCUUGCUUAGCUACCGUACGGCUCCGCUGGAAGGCGGUCGCUCUCCAUCGGAGCUUUUGAUGGGUCGUGGUAUUCGAAGCCUGCUUCCAGACUUCUCUUCGGAUCCAGCACCGCCUGUUCAAAAGCACACCCAGAACCUCAAAAAAGGACGACAUCUAGAGCCGCUGCAGCCAGGAGACACCGUCCGUAUCCUAAACGAUGGAAAAUGGGCUACGAAAGCAACUGUCGAGUCCUACGUCGCUCCUAGAUCGUACAGCGUCGUCACGGAAGAUGGCAGGACGUUCCGUCGCAACAGGCAACAUCUCCUGAAAGUUGACGAAGAUUAUGAUUCAAGGACAACAGAAGAAAACGACGACUCGGAAUCGGAAGACGAUGGGGGACCGCAGUCGCCUGGACCAGACGGUACAGAUGAAGAGACAGAGGACCAGGAAGCACCGCAACCUCAGACGCAGCAGGGGCCCUCAUCACGCCGAGCGGGCAGAAGCAGACAGCCUCCACGGAGACUAAGUUAUGAUGAGUCGUUCCAGCAAAUGCCGUAG